UAGAACUCCCACCCACCAACUCUAUAAUUACCCCUCCCUCUUCUUCUCUCUCCCCAUUCCCAUUCUUCUUCACAAUCAAACCCCAACCCAUUAUUCCCUGCUUCUGGGAAUUCCCGAAUCUACCUCAAAAGUUGAAGCCUUCUGCAGAUAGAAACCAUGGAUGCUAUGUUGAGGUUUGUGUUGGCCUUCUCUGUUCUAAUCUCUCUGUUCCUGGCUUCCUCUGCUCAAACAUGUGGAUCCCUCGCCUUCCCUAGCUCUGCCCCAAACACCGUCUUCAGUACUUGUCGUGAUCUGCCCCACUUGAGCUCUUACCUCCAUUGGACCUAUGAACAGUCAACCGGAAAGCUCGAUGUCGCUUACCGCCACACCGGAAUCUCGUCCGGCAACAAAUGGGUCGCUUGGGCCGUCAACCCCACCGGGAGUGCAUCUGCAGCCAUGCCCGGAGCACAAGCUCUGGUGGCUAUUGUAGGAUCCGAUGGGACCGCCAAGGCGCAUACCUCGCCAAUUUCCGGCUAUAGCACCACGUUACAGUCGGCAAAUCUGAGUUUUCCGGUUUCGAGUUUGACGGCGACGUAUGCUAACAGCGAGGUUAUCAUAUUCGCUACUCUCACUCUCAGCGGAGGUGUCAGUUCCAUGAUUCAUACUUGGCAGGUGGGAGAUGUCUCUGGUUCUACUCCUCAGACUCAUUCCAUGAAUUCUGAUAAUGUCAACGCCAAGGAGACCUUGAACCUCGUUUCUGGCGAGAGUCAGGGAGCAGGCGGAUCUGCAAACUCCCUCAGAAGAAGAAGAAACGUACACGGAGUGUUGAAUGCAGUGAGCUGGGGAAUCCUGAUGCCUUUGGGAGCCAUCAUUGCAAGGUACUUGAAGGUGUUCAAAUCUGCAGACCCUGCUUGGUUUUACCUUCACGUUACAUGCCAAACAUCUGCCUACAUCAUCGGUGUUGCUGGCUGGGGCACUGGUCUCAAGCUCGGCAGCGACUCUGUUGGUAUCCGAUAUGACACUCACAGAGCUCUCGGCAUCGUCCUCUUCUGCCUCGGAACCCUUCAGGUGUUUGCUUUGCUUCUGAGGCCAAACAAAGACCACAAGUACAGGUUUUACUGGAAUGUGUACCACCACCUGAUCGGUUACGCCACGAUCAUCAUCAGCAUUGUUAACAUUUUCAAAGGGUUCGAAGCAUUGGACGCCUCGGCUCAAGGUCGGUACAAUGACUGGAAACAUGCUUACAUAGGCAUAAUUGCAGCUCUGGGAGGCAUUGCUGUGUUGUUGGAAGCUUACACGUGGAUCAUAGUGUUGAAGAGGAGGAAAUCAGAGGGCAAGGCUUCAACUGGCGUUAAUGGAGUCAAUGGGUAUGGUUCUAGGCCAUCGCAGGUGUAGAGUAAUUUUAAUUUGCCCAUUAGAUAUUUGGAACCGGAUGCAUUCAGACUUCAGAGAGAGAGAGAACCCGGACUCGCGUUCAUGAGCCCGGUUCUCUGCGAGAUUCGGUUCGAAAUCUUAGUUUUUUUUUUUUUUUUAAGCUUCUAUUAUAUGGAUUUUGUUGUAGGGAUACCUUUGUAUAUUUUGCUCACAUGAACUGAGGAUGUUUAGUGUACCCCAGAUGAUUAGGCUGUCUCAGUUUUGAGUCUGGAGUUAUUCUUUGACAGAAUUGUAGUGUGAAGAGUUUCUUGUGGCGUGGUUUUCGCCUUGCCACUGGAGAGGAUACAUUGUAUCUGUCACUUUGUAUCUUUAUUUAUACACAUUUUUUUUCUUA